AUGCACACGAUCAAUGCUCAAGAUGGAAACCAGAUCUACUACAAGGAUUAUGGCAGCAAAGAAGCCAAAGACACCGGCGCAUUCCCUCUUCAACCUCUGAACAGCGAUAAUUGGGAGAAUCGGGAGAAUCAAAUGUUUUUCCUCGCUAAUCGCGGUUAUCGUGUCGUCGCUCACGAUAGACGAGGACAUGGAUGUUCUGACCAGCCCUGGACUGGAAAUGACAUGAACACACAUUCAGACAAUCUGUCCCAGUCGUUGGAGUAUCUUGACUUGGAAGACGUCACGUUGGUUGGACACUCGACUGACGGUGUGAAGUCGCGAGAUUCCUCGGCCGUCAUGGCUCGAGCCGAGUCAACAAUGCUGUCCUCUUCUUCAUCGAUGUUCACUCUGGCCGGUUCUUUGGGCUCAACCGCCUGGGUGCCUGGAGUCAAGGUCAGCCAAGGUCAAAUUUGGAGUUUGUGGCGGCAAGGCAUGGCGACAGGAAUCAGAGACGCAUAUGAGUGUAUCGAAGUCUUUUCGAAGACGGACAUGAGAGAAGAUUUAAACCGUAUCGACAUACCAAUCUUGGUGCUUUGCGGUGACGAUGACGGAAUUGUUCCGUUCGAUGGUAGUGCACCUGAAGCGAUGAAACUGUUGAAGAAAGGGACCUUGAAGGUCUUCAAAGGAGCCUCGCAUGUCGUGCCAAACAUGUACGUCGCCGAGGUCUACAGCAGGUUGAUGGCUUUCCUGGGAGCUUGA